AUGAUACCGACUCCUGAGCUGAGGCGACGUCCGACAAGAUGCGAACGGAGCGAGGAGCAGCAGCAGCAGCAGCAGCAGGUCUUUGCCUGGCCCCUCGGCAACAAUGGAGAUGACGUGCAGUGCACGCCCCAAGACAAGGCCUUGGGUUCCUGGUUUCGGACGAGGAAGACGAGGGGAAAGCUGCCAGAACCCGCCCUUGGUGUGUGCAAAGCAGGCAAGAUGCAUUGCGUUACUGUACGUAGCUGA